AUGAGUGGUAAGCAGCUUCAGAGUAUCGUGGAGAUCAAGAGUGCCUCGCAUAAGAUCUUAGCUUGGCGCAAGGAGAGUAGUCAGCGCUCGCUUACGGGCAGCGUACCACAAUAUGAUGUAGGCCACGAUGAUGACGGCGAAAAGUAUGCUGGGAAGAAGGUGGAGAAGGUACUUGAGCAGAUGCAGGUUGUUGGUGCAUGCGUUGUGGCAAGAUGGUACGGCGGAGUUAUGUUGGGCCCAGUCAGAUUCACGCAUAUUGAGACGUGCGCGAAGGAAGCUGUGCGCAAGUGGCAAGAGCAUUUGGCGGAGGAGCAGCGCAAGAAGCGGAGGGUUGAGGCGGAGGCGAUGGAGAAGGAGACGCUGAUGGUGACAUUGACUGAGCGAGACCAAAGCAUUGAUGUGUUGAGAAAGAUGGCUGUGGAGAAGGAGAAGAGAGUGAAGGAUGCGCUCGUUGCGGGUAUGGAGGCGCUGCAGGGCAAACUCAACGGCGAGGCUAUGGAUGAAUCGAACAGUGCGCAACAUGCGAAUCCGAAAAUCCUCAAUGUGUUGUCUCCGAUAAAGACUGCCCUCGAUUAUGGUGCGCUGCCCGUGGAGAGGCUCCGAGUAAUGGAGAAGGCGCGGGAUGCUACGCUAAACUUUCUACUCAAGCGCAUUGAGAAGGCCGAGAAAGACUUGCUUGCGCUUGAGACAGAGGCCGAGCCAGAGAAACCGCCUUAG